AUGGGCUGCCCUCUCAUCAGAAGAGCCGCGAAGUUCGCAGCUGACGCAUAUCAGGGCGAACAGGUGAGAUUCAUAGCCAACGAACAGCGUCUACGGCGGGCGGUCACAGUCACUGGAUGGCUUCGAUUUCCGUGUUAUAUCUCCCCAGGUGCAAGGGGAUGGCCUCCCCAGCAUGCCACAUGCACACCCAUCGAUGGCAUCCAUCAUGGUACGGAAACAGGACAAUCGUGCACGCACACGACAAUCUCCAAGCUGAGAGCAUGUGGGCCAUGCUUGUGCAGGCUGAUGGUUCAAUUCAGUGGACAAGAGCCAGAAUGAGCGGCUAGCCAGGUAGAGAACAGAAGACGCUAGUCGCCGACUAGGUCUCCGAGCUCCAUGCAUAUCCAUGUUUUGCAUCCGCAGGUGUAAGGGGAUGGCCUUGUGAUCAUGAAACAUGCAUCCAUCCAUCCAUCCAUCCAUCCUGGUGAAAGCUAAGCAUUCUGGUAUGCUUACAGGACAAUCGUGGACGCUAAAUGAUGAUCAUGUUAGAAACGAUGUGUGUGUCUGUUCUCCUGUGCAGGCUGUGCAGGCUGGAGGGAAAAAUGGUGGUUGAGGCGCUGAUGGUUCAGCUUUGUGUCGUCGGAUCUGGUGAGCGGACACACAAGAGUCAGAAUGAUUGAGUAAGCAAGCACACUACGCACAAGCCAAACAUACCGAAGCUCAGCCCAGCUCUCUUUGUGUGUGUCAGGUAUGGCGUGCGGCAUGCGGCAUGUGUCAGAUGCAACCCCCGGAUGUCAUGAGCUGUGA